AUGCCUUCACAUACCCCCAUCAACAUCCCGCAACACACUCCCUCGCCAGUCCCCAACAUGUCCGCCGCACCACCACUCCUCCGGCCAGCCAUCCCCGGCGCUCGGGCCGGUGGCCGUGCCCCCCGUCUGGGACUCGCCAUCCCCAUCCCGAACGCGAAGCCGGCCGGGGGUCCCCCGCCUCGUCCAGCCCCUCCAGCCCUACACGUUGCGAUGCCGAUGGGCGGCCACAGUGCCCCACAAGAACAACAUCUACCACAACAAAAACAAGCCAAGCCCACCCUCAGCCUGAGCUUGCAGAGUGCAAGCGGCGGCAGCGAAAGCAGUGCCACUCACAGCAGGAGUGGGAGCUUCGGGCCGCUGGACGGCCGUGCCAGCAACCCCACCAGUGCCGGUUCUCAAUUCAGUGCCCUCUCCUUUGCGAGCCAGUACGGGAUCGGGAGGCAGACAGGUGACCCAGUCUCGGCGGUGGGCUCGCUCUAUUCGAACGCGAGCGAGCACGACGAGGGUAGUCUACAUGGGCUCGAGAGCUUUGACGAAGCCAGCCUUGAGAAGGCCAGGAAGGCAGAUGUAGAGGACUUGGAUGAUGAGGGCUGGCGGAUUGUUAGUGUGGAGAAGCGGAUCAUUGAACUUGGGAAUUUGGGCGAAGGCGCUGGUGGUGCUGUGACGAAAUGCAAGCUGAACGGCGGAAACACCGUUUUUGCGCUUAAGAUCAUCACAACAAACCCCGACCCCGACGCCAAGCGGCAAAUCAUCCGUGAGCUUGGCUUCAACAAGGGGUGUGCCUCGCAACACAUCUGCCGCUACUACGGCGCCUUCGUCGACCCAGCGACAGCAACCAUCUCCAUCGCCAUGGAGUUCUGCGAGGGCGGCUCGCUCGACAGCAUCUACAAAGAAGUCAAGCGCCUCGGCGGGCGUACCGGCGAAAAGGUCCUCGGCAAAAUCGCCGAAGGCGUCCUCCACGGCCUGACCUACCUCCACUCCAAAAAGAUCAUCCACCGCGACAUCAAGCCCAGCAACAUCCUGCUCUGCCGCAACGGCGACGUCAAGCUGUGCGAUUUCGGCGUCUCAGGCGAGUUCGGCACCAAGGGCGACGCCAGCACCUUCAUCGGCACCAGCUACUACAUGGCCCCCGAGCGCAUCACGGGGCAGUCCUACACCAUCACCUCUGACGUCUGGUCCACGGGUAUUACCCUCCUCGAGGUCGCCCAGCAUCGGUUCCCCUUCCCCGCCGACGGCACCGAGAUGCAGCCCCGUGCUACCCCGCUCGACUUGCUCACCUACAUCGUCAAGCACCCGACUCCUAAGCUCAAGGACGAGCCGGAUGCGAAUAUCUUUUGGAGUAACAACUUUAAGUACUUUAUCGAGUGCUGCCUCGAAAAGGAGCCCGUCCGCCGUGCUAGCCCCUGGCGUAUGCUAGAACACCCCUGGAUGACAGAAAUGUCCACCAAGCGUGUCAAUAUGCGCCGCUAUCUCGCUCAAGUAUGGGGGUGGGACGACAAAUAG